AUGUCGAAUAAAGCUGAAGAUAUCGAUGAAACGUGUAUUUUCUGCUCGAUUGCGCACAAAAGAAACAAAGAAACGAAAAUAAUUAAACAGAAUGACGGGCUGGUGUGUUUCAGAGAUAUCUGUCCUGUGGCUCCUCAUCACUACCUGGUUAUUCCCAGAGAGCACAUCCACAGCUGCCGCUCACUGAGCAGAAGACACGUUGAACUUGUUGAAAGAAUGGCUGAACUGGGGAGAGCUGUGCUUUAUGACCAGGGGAUCAAGAAUAUGGAGGAUGUAAGGCUGGGUUUCCAUAAGCCUCCCUUCAUAUCAGUCGGUCACCUGCACCUCCACGUCCUCGCCCCCGCCAGCCGUAUCUCACAGUCCAUGCUCUACAGGUUCACUCCAGGGACUGACUUUUUUAUUACUGAGGAAUCUCUAAGAAACCGACUACAGAAGAAGAUCCAGCAGUCUCAUAAAUUAGGAAAUUGUUUUGGGGUCGCGUGA